AUGACUCGACUGAUGGAUAAUAUCUUCUCUAACUACAGUAGAGAUUUACGUCCCGCUAGGAACUUGGAGGACACAGUUCUAGUAAACACGACUCUUUUUCUUUUCUCCAUUCUCGAUGUUGACGAACUGGCUAGUUCUAUAACUUUGAGUGGAGGACUCAAUAUGCUGUGGAAGGAUUUCAGGUUGUCUUGGCAACCAGACGACUAUGGCGGUAUACAAACUGUAAUGGUGAAUUCUUCGAAGAUUUGGGCACCGAAAAUUUUUCUGUUAUCCUCUUCGGCAAACAUGGAAAAAUUUGAUAUCUCUGAUUUUGAUGCAAGAAUUUAUAAUUCCGGUUACAUUCUUGUAAACCCAGGAAAGAUGAUAAGAUCAACUUGUGAAAUUGAUAUGACAAAUUUCCCUAACGACUCACAGAAGUGUUCUUUAUUGAUAGUACCAUGGGGCUAUGUUGCUUCAGAAAUACAGCUUUCAUUCUUACAACCACGAUACAACAUGCAGUAUUUAAGCCCAAAUGGUGAAUGGAAUGUUGAGAGUAUCUCAGCAAACAUGCCUGAAAGCGAUGAAAGCAGUGUCAUCGAGUAUAAAAUUUCUUUGACAAGAAAAUCAGUAUACUUCAUCUUUUCCAUGAUAAUGCCCGUGUAUAUACUGUGUUUCCUGCAUCCAUUUGUGUUUCUCCUGCCGGCCGCAUCUGGUGAGAGAAUCUCCUACAGCAUCACCAUGUUUCUGUCUCUGGCUGUAUACAUGACAAUCGUUAGUGAUAGUAUGCCAAAGGUAUCCGAACCGAUGGCGGGAAUUUCCUACUUUCUACUUGUCGCAAUGUUAUUCAGCUGUGUACUGAUAAUACUAACAAUUUUCAGUCUACGCUGGGAUGCAAAAACAAGUGUGAGCCAAUUUCCAGGAUGGUUGAAACGAAUUGUUUUGCGAUUUAAGAUAAAAGAUCGUGAAAUCUGUAAUAUAGAAUCAGUGGUUUCAAACGCCCCCACAGACAACGUGCCAGAGGACUUCAACAAUGAUCCGAAAUACUACAAGAAUAUAAAACGCUUUAUUGAUGACCAAACGGAUCUUGAAAAGGGUGACAUUGUUACUUUCAUUGACAAUGUUCUGUUUGUAACCUCCGAAAUGGUUGUGAUCGGACUGAUUGCUGGUUUUAUAUUGGUGUAUAACAAAUAG